AUGAUCCUUGGGAACCUCAGUGGAUUGAGUGAAUUCAGACUCCUGGGUUUUUCUGAAAUCUCUCACUUGCACCCUUUGCUCUUUGUAGUUUUAUUAUCUCUUUAUGUUCUCACCUUGAUGGCUAAUGCAGUGAUAGUUUUUAUAAUAAACAGUGAUAAUACCCUUCAUACCCCGAUGUAUUUCUUCCUCACCCAGCUGUCCUGUUUGGAUAUCUGCUAUCUGUCAGUCAUCACCCCAACUAUUCUUGAGAACCUGAUGGUGGGAACAGUAAGUAUUUCCAAGACAAGGUGUGCAAUGCAAAUGUUUUUCUUCCUUUUCUUUGGAGUUGCUGAAUGUUUUCUCUUGGCUGCCAUGUCCCUUGAUCGUUAUUUUGCAAUUUGCUACCCCUUGCAUUACACAGUUAUCAUGAGCAGCAGGGUCUGCAGAAGCCUGGUUGCUGGAACUUACAUUUGUGGAGCUGCUGUGGGCUUAGUUCACACCCUCAUAACAUUCAGCUCACCCUUGUGUGGUUCUGCCAUCGACCACUUCUUCUGUGAGAUUCAGCCACUCCUGGACCUGCUUUGUGGCGACACCUUCCCAAGAGAAAUCCAAGUCAUUAUGGUGGCUGUCUUUGCUAUUCUGAGUCCUUUCUUACUGAUCAUUUAUUCCUAUAUUCGUAUAAUUUACACAAUUCUUCACAUGGCCUCAGCUGAGAGCCAGCAGAAAGCAUUUUCCACUUGCUCCUCACACCUCUUGGUCGUGACUCUUUUUUAUGGCACUGCAGGCUCCACGUAUCUGCGACCAAAAUACAGCUACUGUGCGUCUGUGGAUAAAUUCCUCUCACUUUCUUAUUCUGUAGUGACUCCUUUACUGAAUCCCAUCAUUUAUAGUUUGAGGAAUAAAGAGGUGAAAGGAGCCCUGAAGAAAAAAUGGAGAAAAAUGAAUUUUUCACGCUAA